AUGGGCACUAAGAACGCGCUGAAGAAGCAGAUCCAGAAGACGCACACGCGCUGCCGCCGCUGCGGCAGGACCUCCUUCCAUAUCCAGAAGAAGGUCUGCUCUGCUUGCGGCUACCCCUCUGCGCGGCUGCGCUCGUACAACUGGUGCAAGAAGAUGAUCCGCCGGAAGACGCGGGGCACUGGACGUAUGCGGUAUGAGAAGGAUCUGCCUCGCAAGGCCAAGAACGGCUUCCGCGAGCAGACCCAGGCGCCCAGCCGGAAGAAGAAGGCGGCGUGA